CUGCAAAAAUGCAGCCAAAAGAGACGGAGUAUUCAACAGAUGGUCUGCCCAAAGCCUUCCUACACAGCCUGAGGACCCUGUUUGACAUUUUGGAUGAUGGUGGACGGGGCUAUGUCCACAUCUCGGAGAUCGAGAGUCGCUGGCAGGGCGCAGACACCCAGGACCUGCCCGGUGGGGUGCUGGGCUGCCUGAGGAGGGUCACUCCACCGCAUGGCUGUCUCACCUUUGAGCGGUUUGUUGCGGGGCUGCGGUACUCCAUGCUCAACCCAGAGAACAGCUCCCACUUCAAGGCCCAGGCUGCCGUGCAUCCGCAGCAGGCUCCAAAGCAGUCCCAGAAACCCGCCCCGCUAUCCACAUGCAGUGUCGGAACGCGGGUCGAGAACAAGGUCCGUCCGCUGGGGUCGAGCAACGUGCCCAACACUCAGCAGCACCGGGCGUCCUCCCUCCAGAGCCGGGCCAGGCAGGAGGAGGGACCCGGGUACCCCGCGUGUGGACCAGCGAGGUACAGCGCGGGCUUCGAGAGGUCCGGGCGGAGUUUGGAGCGGAUUCCUGUCGCUCCGGAGGGAGGUUGUUACAGAACCGACUCGGGCCAUGCCACUAAACCGACACAGCCCCAGCAGAGCCGGGUCAGGUCAAUUGAGUCACUUGCUCUGGAGUCACCACAGCUCCAAGGACAAAGUGUUGUGAAAUCGGGUUUACCAAGAUCUCAGAGCGAAUCAGCAACAGGAUUUACUGGUGGCUCUAGACGACACGGGCGGAGUCGGGAAGAGCAGAGACGGCAUACCAUAUCCAAUGGAGUGGAUUACGGAAUGUUGAAGCAAAUGAAAGAGCUGGAGCAGGAGAAGGACUCUCUGCUGGCGGGCCUGGAAGUUGUGGAGCGGGCCCGAGACUGGUACCAGGGCCAAAUCCACAAUGUCACAGAGAGACAGCGGCAGGUCGGCCAGAGCUCCCACUGCACGGAUUUCUUCACAGAAACUAAUCAGAGUCGCAUGAAUGUUCUCAUUCCCAAACUGCAAGAAGUCAACCACUGCCUUAAUGACCUUAUUUCCUGCACUGGGAUGUCAUUUCCUUCAAGUGGUGCUCAGACAGCAGCGCUCUCAGCAAACUCCCAGCCUCCACCUCCAGCUCCUCCACAAGCCAUCCAGAGACUGAAGGACCAGAACCGACUCCUCACACAGGAGGUGACGGAGAAGAGUGAACGCAUCGCGCAGCUGGAACAGGAGAAAUCAGCCUUGAUAAAGCAGCUUUUUGAGGCGCGAGCCCGCAGCGCGCAAGACACCAGCACCAUGGAUUCCACCUUCAUCUGAAAACAAUUACACCCAACAUCGUGACAUCACCGUGUUUCUAGGAAACAUCAUGACGUAAUGUUGAAAUAUCUGCGCUGGUCUGGAUCCAACUUUUAUAGGACUGAAGUUAACUCUUUGUUUACCCAACUGACCACUCGUGGCAGUGAUGCACCUUUAGCCAGGACACGCCGAAACCCUCGACUGCAGCAUGUCACCACUCCACCCCAAACCAAACCACGCACUACCUAGACGUGAACACUCCCGAAUGACUUGACCCGAGAGUCGAAAAGGCUCUCUUACUUGCUGCCUUCACGCUCCCCGCACAAGCACUCCCACCAAGCUGAAAAGACUGGAACACUAUCAAGAUGCGAGUGGGGUCCCAUGAGAUCCCAUCUCUCCAUUUCUUGCAGCAUCUGCAAGAUCUCCACUCCCACUCCCAAAAGACUGUUGUUUUUCUUCUGCUGCCUGACUGCACAGGCAGCUCUAAAAACAGAAACUUUAACUUAGUGGUCCAAAAAGGAAUUGGACAAUAGUGGGAAUGGUAUCUGUUGGAAUAAAAUGCCAUAUUCUUACAGUUUGAUAUGAAAACAAAUCAGCUGCAUCUGCUUGCUGUGACCUAUCAUUUACAUUUUUGUUUAAACCUUUUAAGUUUGAUACUUUAAUCUCAGUCAUUAUGAGAUACACUUUACCCUCGUCUUCAGUAUUUCCUUCCUUUUAAUGUAAAAUGAUAAUAAUAAUGUUUACCUGACAUUUACCUAUUGGUUUUUGGUUUUUAAUUUCAAACACUAAGAGAGAGGAAUGGCUGAGAAGAACAGUUUUACUAUAUUUUAUAGUAGCAUGUUAAAUGUUAAGACCUUUCAUGAAUUUUGGGAUUUUUUAAAAGACUGAAACGAGAUGGAAGGACAGUUUACAAGCCUACGAAAUGUUGCAGCAGAGACAGAUGAGAGAAGUUUGCACGUAGAAGAGAGCUGAGGAGGACAAACAUGGUAGAUGGUGAAUGUGUCCGAGUUGGGAGAUGUUCUGAUGUCAUGUCAGAAAAAACAAAAACAAAAAAAAAACACUUUUGCUAUCUAGUGCUACAUCCCCUGUGUGUCUUUACAGUGGAUUCUUUGCAUGGGUCAUAUUUUCAGCUAUAAGAUAUUUAUCAUCUGAAGAGAUUUCUGUUUGAAACCUGGAGAUUAAACAUUAGCACAGAUGUAAAAACCCAUUUUGUCCUUGUAAUCGUGCCCUUUAACCAGGAUCAGCCUGGAAACUGUUGACUUUAGACUAAACUGAAAAAAACAUUCAGCCAUCCACAAGUUUACAAAAGGCAUAUAUAGUUAGUGGGUGGUGGUAGGAAAAAAAAACAUAGUUUUAUAAUGGAUUUGUACGGUACUGUUGGGAUGUCUGCACAUAACAUAGUUAUAUACUGUUGAUGUCUGUUUCCCACUUGUUUGAUUGUAUGUUUCUUGCUGCUCAAACUACAUUAUGUGUGAGUGAAACUCUUCCUUCUGCUUUCUAUUGAGAGUACUCAGACUUCUGACAAAAUGUUAAAAAAAUAAAUAUGACCAAACGGU